UCCCCGCUGAUAAUUGCCUGUCAACGUAUAAAUGACUCGGCAGAGACAGUUCUAUCUCUUAGCUUUAAAUCUCCCACCGGCAGAAGUCUAUACGGUAGCGAGCGUUCCGAGACGUGUAUCCCCUUACACACGAAACUAGCGGCCGCCAUGCUGCCGAACUGGCUUUUCCUGUGCGGCGUAGGACUUAUCUGUCUGGGCUGGGCACUUGCCGAAGAGAACGAGUUCUCCGACAAUCUCCAUACAUACAACGAGGAGGAUUACGACCCUGAUGAGGAGUUCGAUAAACGAGGCUUCGGCGACAAGCGUGGCUUCGGCGAUAAAAGAGGUUUUGGAGACAAAAGGGGUUUCGGAGAUAAAAGAGGAUUCGGCGACAAACGAGGAUUCGGCGACAAACGAGGAUUCGGCGACAAAAGAGGUUUCGGCGACAAAAGGGGUUUCGGCGACAAGAGGGUCCCUAGUGAAUUAAACUCCCGUCUUUUCAGCAUGAUAUUUCGAAGCCUUGGUUACCCCGAAGGACGUAGGUUGUUAGGCAGACGUGGUCUGUUUUUAUAAACUGACGUUUCACAAGACCCUUCGCUAAUACUGUCAUCAGAGAUCAGGGGAGACAACUCAGGAACCGUAAACAUUAAAUACAUUGAAAGUUACAUUAUUCGGUUACCAUCAUGGCUAAUAUGUAUGCAUACUGUGUACAGAUGUAACCGAGAAGUUGAUGUGUCUACCAUGCAUUUAUGAAAGACGAAGCUGAACGCCACGCCGUACACUGUCAGCGGAAGCUCAAUUAUACAGUACUCAGCGUUCGACCAAACGACUUUAUAUAGUUAUAUCAUAAAAAAAUAGAUCAUAGCGAUUGAAUAAAAAAUAUUUUUUACCCUAAA